UGAUAAAAGUGAAAAAAGAAAACCCUUUUUGUUACAUUAAAUGUUUAUUUUCAAAAUGAGGGAUUACUUGAGAUCGCUUUAGAUUUGCGAUUUGUGAAAGAUGGAACAAAUUCUAAUUUGAGAAAUGUCUAGAUCCAUUGUCCACCACGGAUUACCUAAGUCCAAUUUGCAAGUCCAAAUUCUAUAAAAAUGGAUUUGGAUCUGGAGGCCCCAAGCCAUUUCUACAUCAUAGUAUCAAACUAAUAAAUUGUUCCAAUCCAUCCAAAUGACCAAACACAAUGAUUAAUUAACCAAACCCAAAUCCAACCCCAUUCAAUUGAUUCAAAUCCUUAUCCAAAAAAAAAAAACCCUCAAAAUAUUCAAUCUUGUUCACCCGCAAACUCUUUGAGUCACACAAAAUGGCAACACUCCGCCAAUCCCUUCACCUCCCCUUCUCUUCCUUCCACCCAUCUUCCAACCCCUCUAAACCCCAUCUCACUAACCUCCAUUUACCAAUCAACAACCCUAAAUACCCCAUUAUCUCCCUGACCCGAACCAGGUUCAUCCUCAAAGCAGCCGAAAAUGGUGCUCAAACUGACAAAGAACAGGAAAAUUCUGCCAUUACAGAACAACAGCAGAGCUCUGAAGAACAAUUAUCGGAAUUAGGGACGGAAAUCAAGAAGGCAAUGAAGGAGAGAGAAAAGGUUGAAGAAGAAGAUUCUGGGUUUUUGAGCGGGUUUUUGGGGGAAAUUGGGCAGAUUGAAUGGCCAGAUUUUGGGAAAGUGAUUGGAACAACCGGUGUCGUUUUGGGUGUUAUUGCUGGUUCUAGUGCCGUUUUGCUUUCUGUUAAUGCCGUUUUGGCUGAGCUUUCUGAUAAGGUUUUUGCUGGGAAAGGUGUUCAGGAUUUCUUUGGUGGGUAAAAUUUUGUUGUUCGGGUCGGGUUCAACCCGAUCCAAACCCGAUUAGAAUGUUUGGGAAAAGAAUCAAAGAUUGUCUGUAAUUUUGUGGUGGUAUUCACGUGUUGUGUUGUAUACUUUUGAUUAAGAGUAGAAUUUACUCUACUUUGACUCUACUUUGUGUAAAAGCUGACAAUUUUGAUUUAUGAAAAGAAUAGAUUUCAAUAUUUCAUGA